UAAGCAGGUUCACUAUUUGGCCUGAGAAGCUUGGUUGGAAUCUAAUUUCAAUCCAGUGUUCUGGGUUAAACAAGAUCAAUGGUUCAGAGUAUUUAGGUCGAAGUGACCGGCUUAUUGUGCCAGCUGUAGAUUAUUUUCCGCCUGUUCAAAAUCUCCUGGGCUACUGUAAUGGCAACUCAGAGCAAAAAACCUGUCCAAUUCAACAAAUUAGGGCUGGAGGAGACAUUCAUGUUUAUGAAAAACAAUCCCUUUUCUUAUUUUGUGGAGGCCAUGGAUUACAUUCGGAAAAAGAGGUUUGGAGUAGUGAUCAUGGUGUACAAUUCAAACAACAUAUCCAUCAGGGGCCCAGUUCAUUUAUAAACAAACUUUUGCUAGAUGAGAUUAAGCUGAAGGACUCAGGGGAAUACCGUUGCAACAACAAAUCUAUAAAUAUCCUGGUUAAAGGUUUAGUUCCUCCGGUAGCUCUAGACUGGGAUAUGGAUAAUAGUACCAUGGUUGUUAACAUUUCUGAUAAGGUAGUGCUGAACUGUGGGGCUAGUGGGGACCCUGAACCCUCCUUGGUUUGGAGAAGGAGUGAGGCGAACCACAUACAAAACCUUCAGAACUCCUCGAUGGAUCCCCUGGAACUGGAUUUAAUCUCCUACAACGGCUCAACCCUUGUUAUUGAAUACUUUCAUAGUAAACAUGUUGGUACCUACACCUGUAUCAGGGAAAGCUUGGCUGGAAAACUGGUGGGCUUCAAACAUCUCAUCAUUUAUAGCGAAGAUUUGACUCCUCAGAUAGCCAAGGGAUUAGUGGGAGGUUUUGCUUUCUUUGUUCUUUGCUUCUUUAUUCUGUUUGGAUCUGUGAUUUACUAUUUUAGGAAACACAAGAUGAUGAGAGAGCAGCUGACCCAGGCAGAGAUAUCCCUGUUCUUGAUGGGAGAUCCAGCUUCUAUCAAUUAUAAUUCUUCAACUUUCCAGGAUCAGGUGUCCCUGCUCCCCUAUGAUCCUGGUUUAGAGUUCCCAAAGGAACGCUUAAAGCUUGGAAAACAGAUUGGAUCUGGAGCCUUUGGCAGAGUUCUUAGAGCAGAAGCAUUAGGAAUUGACCCAGCAAAGGCAAUUACAACUGUAGCUGUGAAAACCCUGAAACCCCAGUCUGGAAAAUAUCAAAUUCAGGCACUAAUGUCAGAAUUGAAAAUACUUUCUCAUCUGGGGACUCAUCCUAAUGUUCUAAAUCUGCUUGGUGCUAUUACAACUAACCUUUCAUUAGGGGAACUGUAUAUGAUAGUUGAAUACUGUAAGUUUGGGAAUUUACAGAAGUUUAUUCAGUACAACAGAAAGUUCUUUAUAGAUCAGAUCAACCCUUGUACAGGAAAGUUUGAUUCUAAUUAUCCUAAAGACUUGGCUUCAAGAUUGGACAUCAGUCGAGGGUACAACGAGAAAUUGAACUAUGCUUCACUUUGCUUUGAAAACAAGGACAAUAAUAUUCCCAGGCCUUUAACCAGGGAAAACCUUGAAAAGCAUACGGUUGGAAAUGGAACGAAAACUAGCACAUGGUGUCAACAAUAUCUAGCGGAGAGAGAGGAGAAAAAUUUACUUCUUCACAAUGCGUUGUCAGUCAAGGAUUCAGGAGUAUCUACCGAUUCAGAUUAUCCGGACGGAAAUACUGAAACCUCAUACAUAACUUCCACAAAAGGACAAGGAAUAGAAUACUGUGAUGUUUUCCCUACAUAUACAAAACUACAGAAUAAAGGGGAAACAGACGAUAUUAAUUAUGUACACGAGUUUGGUCCUUUAACAACCAGACAUCUUCUAUCCUGGUGCUUCCAGAUUGCCAAGGGGAUGGAAUAUUUAGCUUCUAAAAAGAUUGUGCAUGGUGACCUGGCAGCUAGAAAUAUACUUCUCAAUCAAUCAGGAAUUGUCAAAAUAUCAGAUUUUGGACUUUCCAAGAAUAUCUAUGGUAACCCGAACUACCAGAAAUUGACGGAUACCCCUCUACCAAUUAAAUGGUUGGCUCUGGAGACAUUAAACUACAGAAUAUUCUCUGUUCAAUCUGACGUCUGGUCUUAUGGAGUUGUUCUAUGGGAGAUAUUCUCGCUCGGCAGGUCAGCUUAUAGUUAUCUAAAGCUCGGCGACUUGGCUGUUGGUGGGUUAGGAGAAGGAGAAGAGGAAGGACUUGGAGAGGAUAACAAUGGAAUCCAAUUACAGAAUCUUGAAAAGAUAUAUCCUGAAACCAACCUUGAUACUGUAGAACCCUUCCGAGUACCUGGAGCUGACUUACCGUCACAAUUUGGACCUGGAUCUGAACCUUGUAUCAACACCGAUUCACAGAAAGGAUCCAAUCCCUUCCUGAGUUCACAUUCUGAAUCCUUAAACCAGUUCGGAUCCAAGUUCGAAUGUUUACCUGGGGAUCCAAUCCAAUGCUAUAACUAUCGAUCCGAAUCCGUCAUUUGUCCUGGAUCCGAAUCCGUCAAUUGUCCUGGAUCCGAAUCCAUCAACUGUCCUGGAUCCGAAUCCAUCUACUGUUCUGGAUCCGAAUCCAUCAACUGUCCUGGAUCCGAAGCUCUAAAAUCAAACUUGGAGCCAAAGCCUUGUCUAGCAUUUAACCCGGAAAAUCGUUGUCUUGAAACUUACUCCGAACCUGGUUUAAAGUUAGGAGGAUCUAAGAUUACACUAUUGGCCCAAGGUCCGAGUAUUGUUGUUCUUGAGGAUACAGAAGAUGGUAAUUCACAGCCCUCAAUACCUAUCACAACAUGUAACACACCUUCUUCCAUAAAGACCUCUAAUAGAUCUAGUUUGGCACCUUGUAUCUCUCCUAGUCUUGAUCCAGUUCCAAGACCAUCCUAUCCUGUCCAGUACUCCGACAUCUACCCGGAGAUGGACGAAUCUGAUCCAAGAGUUCAAGCUGUAUCUAACCCGGAGUAUUACGUGUCUACCAAAACCUGA